AUGUGUAAGGCUUUUCUUCAAACACUGACCAACGUUGCUAGAGAUUGGUUCUCGACCUUGGAACCCAAUUCUAUAUCUUCCUUUGCGAACCUGGCCGAUAAGUUUUUGCCUUCUUUGCCAGUAGCAAGCGCAUCAGAAAGAUGGCGACCUCCCUCAUGCAACGCUGCCAAGGCCAAAAUGAGACUCUCCGUGACUUCAUGGUUCAAUAACGAAAGGUUGCAGAUCCCCGACCUCCAUAUCACUGUGGCAAUCUCCACUCUUACUCAUGCUAUAAGAUGUGAGGCAUUCAAGAUGUCCUUGUCUAAAACACCGUCAAAAUUAGUGAUCGAGCUCUUGACCAGAGAGGCCCCUCGAAACAAGCAAAGGCAGGAGACCCCGCCAUCAUCCUUCACCAAAUUGAACACUUCAAGAGCCAACAAACUGAUGGAAAUAAAGGAUAUGAAGGAGUUCAAAUGGCCACCUAGAAUGAAGUCUCCUUCGGAUGCCAGGGACCGAAGCAAGUAUUGCGAUUUUCAUAAGGAUCAUGGGCAUACCACGGAGAAUUGCAUGGCCUUUAAGCGGGAAAUCGAGGCACUUAUAAAGAGAGGACUCCUCGGUUCAUAUGUUAGCAAUGAUAAGCGUCUUAUAAAUGACCAUGAUAAAGAGAAAUCCCCGAAAACCAAGUGUGAUCACCAACCAAUGGCAGGGACUAUCAACAUCAUUGUUGGAGGCAUUGCAUCAGGAGGAAACUCAAACAAUGGACGAAAACAAUAUAGCAGGCAGCGCUGCUCAACAUCUGGAAUGCACCAGGAUCGUCUUGAGGACAUUACAUUCGGAGGUAAAGACCUUGAUGGUGUGUCUCUUCUUCAUGACGAUGCCUUAGUCAUUUCAGCAAUUAUUGCUAACUUCGAAGUAAGAAGGAUCUUAACUGAUAAUGGAAGUGCAGCGAACAUCCUAUCGUAUAAGGCCUUUGGUAAGAUGGGUAUCUCAACUCAACAACUAAAGCUUGCCCCUGUUAAACAAGAUCAAGGCAAUCGUGUCCACUUUUCACCUUGGCAAGAAAUUCCCUAUAGGUCACAAGUAGGAGUUGUACGAGAAGAUCAAGUGGCGGCUAAACAAUGCUAUAUCACCAGCCUACGGGAGAUAAGCACCGAUGUCAUGCAGCUUUCCGACACAGAGCCCGACCCCGACCACCGAAUGAGGCUUUCACCAGUCGAAGAAUUGGUAGAGGUCGAGAAAAAAGUAAAUAUUGAUUGUGUCUUGAUGAAAUCCUUACAGCGGAACUCAUUGCUUGCUUAUCUCGAAACAUCGACAUCUUUACAUGGAAAGUGA